AUGGUACAUAAUACAGAAAAAUCAUUUACAAAAGCUGAUACUAACAACAAUUUGGAUGACAAUUCUUUGGAUCUUAUUACCUGUGAAUCUGAUGCUUCAAUAGAUUUACGUAAUACUUUAACUAAACAUGAUAUUGUUUUACAAAAUAAAAUACUUGGAUCAGGAUGUUUCUCAAAAGUAAGAUAUGGAUUCUCUAAAAAAGAAGAUAAAUUUGUUGCUAUCAAACAAAUAGAUCUUCGUCAAAAAACAGAUUUUGUUAAUAGAUUUUUACCUAGAGAAUUAAAGAUUGUUAAAAUUUUAAAUCAUCCAAAUAUUGUAAAAUGUUAUGAUAUCGUUCAAUCAACUGGAUAUGUAAGCAUUAUAGAAGAAUAUGUAGAAAAUGGAGAUUUACUACAUAAAAUUAAGAAAGAAAAAUUUCUUUCUAACUUAGAAUCUCAAUUUUUGAUGCGUCAAUUAAUUGAGGCAUUGCGAUAUUUAAGUACUCUUGAAAUUGUACAUCGUGAUUUAAAAUGUGAAAAUAUAUUUCUUGAUCGUUAUGGUAACAUUAAAUUAGGUGAUUUUGGAUUUGCACGUCACUUACCAGCUGGUGUAACAUCAAAAACAUUUUGUGGUUCAAAAGCAUAUGUAGCUUUAGAAAUCCUUCGUGCAACUAUGUACACCGGACAAGGAGUUGACAUAUGGAGUUCUGGUGUUAUACUUUAUAUUAUGCUUACUGGAUGUAUGCCAUUUAGAGAUUCAAAACCUAGAGAAAUGGUAUAUUAUCAAAUGAAACGAAAAAUCGUCUAUCCAAAUUCUAUAAAUAUAUCUGAUGAUGCAAAAAAUCUAGUAUAUGAAAUGUUGAAUCCUGACCCAAGUGUGAGAUACAAUUGUAGGCAGAUUCUUGAACAUCCAUGGAUGAAAAAUGUUAAAUAUGAAAUAAAAGGACCAGGCAAAGAGGGACAAAAUACAUUAAUAUCUGAAAAUUCACAUACUGAUGAAAUUGAUCAAGAUUAA